CAGCAUAUUGUAUAUGUGUGUAUGUGUGUGUGUGUGUGUAUGUGUGUAUGUGUGCGCGCGCGCUAUAUUGAUAAUUUUGGCGUUCCUCUGCAUCUUUAAAAAAACAUGAACGAAAACACUGCACCGUUACUCCAGAAGCGUGAUCACGUGACAGUCUCUCCUCACAUCCUAUUGGUCGAAGGCACGUGUCCUGGAUACCAGAGUGAAACGUCACAGAGAGGCGGAGGACGAGGCGGGGGUCUCGUAAUAAAAAAAUAAGAACAAAAAAAAUCGGGAGUAAAAGUAUUUGAGGAGGAGCGGAUCCUAGAGGAGCCCCCUCCUCCUUCUCCUUCUCCUUCUUCUUCUUCUCCUCCUCCGGCCCGGAGUUUACUCACUCAGACCUGCUGCACACCCGCUUCACACGGAUCACAGGUGUUUCUUUAUAUUCUUCUGCGCAUUUUUAUUUUAUUUUAUUUUUUGGAAGUUAUAGCCUAAAUAUUGAUUAUAGCGCACAUUUUUUUUUACACAGGAUCCGAAACUAUGGUUCUUCUUUGUGAGCACGACGCACGGGAAAAAGAUCUGUUUACAAUCCCAAACCCACGCUGAUUAUUAUUAUUAUUAAUAUUUGGCAUCUUAUUAUUGUUUUUACGAAAACAAAGUGGAGCGCAGUCGGUCUAUUGUAUUGUAUAAAGUGCCUGAUAAGUGCGGGAAAGAAGGGUUAAAGAGAGAGACCGGGGAGAGAGAGGGAGUGUGUAAGUAUGGAUGAGAAUAAGCAGAGAGGGAGAGGAGACGCUCGGCGUGCCGGAGAGUCCGAGGUGAGAGCUCCGUCCCCGGGACACGCGCCUCCUCCUCAUCCUCCUCAUCCUCAUCCUCCGCCACCGCCGCCUCCUCACCGCGUCACCAACUUCUUCAUCGACAACAUCCUGCGUCCGGAUUUCGGACGCAGAAAGCCGGAUGAAAGUGUGCUGAGACGGAAUGAAAGCAGCCCGGGACAGCCGGGAGAUGCUGUAGAGGUUGGACAGGUGUCCUCCACGGAGAGCACCUCCACACCACACACGGGCAAGAAUGCCGACACGGUGACAGACGACGAGCCGCUGAAAGUGCGAGGAGAAAGCAAGGAGCAGUGCCUGAGCUCGGACUCGGAGCUUUCUCAACCCAACUCGUCCACUUUAACCCAGAAUCAGCCCAUGCUCUGGCCCGCCUGGGUUUACUGCACGCGCUACUCGGACCGACCCUCGGCAGGUCCCCGAACCCGCAGACCAAAGAAGAGCAGCAGCAGCAGCAGCAAGGAGGACAAGCGGCCGCGCACCGCCUUCACGGCUGAGCAGCUGCAGCGCCUGAAGGCGGAGUUCCAGUCGAACCGGUACCUGACGGAGCAGAGGAGGCAGAGCCUGGCCAACGAGCUGGGCCUUAACGAGUCGCAGAUCAAAAUCUGGUUCCAGAACAAGAGGGCUAAAAUCAAGAAGGCUUCGGGAAUUAAGAACACGCUGGCGCUGCACCUGAUGGCCCAGGGCCUGUAUAACCACGCUACCACCACCAAGGAUGACAAAUCAGAUAGUGACUGA